UUUUGUGUUGGAUGAUUUUCCAAAUUAUCUAAUAAAAAAUUGCCAGUCUGCAAAAUUAACAUAAAAAACAUUAUAAACCAUUUAUUAACUGGCAACAAAACUAGUGAUCCUCCAUCUUUUUUGUCACGAUGCCUCCUAAGAAGCAACCUGAGAAAUCCGGGUCCUCCGGAUCCAAACCAGCUGAGAAGAAGCCUGCUACGGCCAAAACUCCAGCAGCCGCACCCAAGGCUGCAUCUACUAGCUCUGCUGCUGCACCUAAGCCAGCGACAGCCAAGACUCCAGCACCCGCUCCCAAGGCGGCUGCACCCAAAGCAGCGCCGGCGGCGAAGCCCGCUGCUGCCAAGCCAGCAUCCGCCCCGGCGGCUAAGCCUGCAGCAGCUGCUUCCAAGCCUGCAGAGAAGAAGCCAGCAUCGGUACCUACUGCCAAACCUGGCUCUGCUAAGGCUGCUGCCCUGAAAGCGAAGUCUAGUGCUAAACCUUCAGUGAAGAAAGCUGCAGCUGCUUCCAAACCUAAGCCUAAACCAGCAGCGGCUAAGUUGAAAAUUGCACCCAAGCCUAAGAAGACCGGCAUCAAGGGGCAAAAGAAGCAAGUGGUUAAACCAGUUGCCAAAGCUCUCAAAGCACAAAGAAAGGUAGUCAAAGGUGAACAUGGCAAGCGUGUACGUAAGAUUCGCACAUCUGUGCACUUCCGCAGGCCUAAGACUUUUGAACCUCCAAGGAAUCCGAAGUAUCCCAGGAAAUCGCUUCCCAAGAGGAAUCGUAUGGAUGCUUACAAUAUCAUAAAGUAUCCGUUGACAUCUGAAGCAGCAAUGAAGAAGAUUGAGGACAACAAUACAUUGGUAUUCAUUGUUCACACUAGCUCCAACAAGCACCACAUCAAGGCUGCCGUCAAGAAGCUGUAUGACAUCAAUGUUGCGAAAGUUAACACCCUCAUCAGGCCCGAUGGCAAGAAGAAGGCGUACGUACGACUUGCCAGGGACUAUGACGCAUUAGAUGUUGCCAACAAAAUCGGCAUCAUAUAAACUAAUGCUGUACUUUAUUUUAUAAGAAUAAAAACUUAAAGUAAAAA